AGCAGCGUAGGGAUUAGGGUCGUCACAGUUGACUGACUGUAACCCAGUUUGCUCCAGCUGGUUGGUGAAACGAGAGAGUGAAGGAGAGAGAGAGAGAGAGAGAGAGAGAGAGCGGACGAGUGCAAACAGAGGGCAGGACAGAGCGAUUGAUAGAGAGAGAGAAACGAGGGAAACGGUGAAGGUAGGAAGAUGAGCAGGAGGCGAGCGCGGGGACGCUGCCGGUGAUCACUCACGACCGCUCCCCGUCCCAACCUUCCUCCUCCUCCUCCUCCUCCUCCUCAUCAUCGUCCUCAUCCUCACCAUCCUCACCUUUGUCGCUGUCGCCGUUAGCGCCGCUCUCACGUUGCCGCGGUAACCCUUCCGACUCGACUCAGGCUCGGGCGCGCACGUGCAUCGCCAUGGAGACAAGCUUCCCCUCACCGCCAUCGCUGUGUGUCUCUCUGUCCUGCAGCGAGCGCAGCCGGGACCGCCACAGCAAGUCGCGCAGCAAGGACAGCAGCAGCCGCUCAGAGAAGAACGUCACCAUCAACGCGCCGCCCGCAGAGCCGCUGCUCGGAGACCAGCCGCCACCGCCACCCCCGCCGCCCGGGGAGGACACGCAGGAUGAUAACUGGGGAGAGACCACCACAGCGGUCACUGGCACGUCGGAGCACAGCUUGUCCCAGGAGGACAUUGUGCGCAUCACUAAGGACCUGGAGGAGAGCGUGGGGCUGGGCUGCCGGCGCUACCUCUCCCUGACGCUAGGCCUGCUGCUGGGCCUGCUGGUCUUCCUCACCCCCCUGGCCUUCCUGGUGCUCCCACAGGUGCUGUGGCCGGAGCGUGUGCAGCCGUGUGGGACGGCGUGUGAGGGCCUCUUCAUCUCGGUGGCGUUUAAGCUGCUCAUCCUGCUGCUGGCCGUGUGGGCGCUCUUCCUCCGGCCGCCCCGCGCCGCACUGCCCCGCGUCUUCGUAUUCCGCGCGCUCCUCGCACUCCUCGUGCUGCUCCUCGUGCUGUCCUACUGGCUCUUUUACGGGGUCAGGAUACUCGACUCACAGCACUACCCCUUUCUCUCGUGGGACACCCCUCUGCUCCCGAUAUCCUCCGCUUCAUUCCAGUGCAGAAGCGCCUGCAGCCUGCAGCGUCCACCCCCCUCGCCCGGCCGCCUGCCCGCCCGCCACAGCCAUCCCACCAGCGCAGCCUCCCAUUGGCCGAGCGCGAACAAUGGUGGGAAUUAUGGGAUUGCGGACCGGAACUGGACAGGAACUGGGAGCCAGGCUGCUGCUGGAGCGCAUCCAAGUGUCUGGGGGAACGUCUGUUCUCCGUCCAAAUGUGCCCACGAUUCCAAACAGGCUCCACUCGGGGUGGGGGCAGCCACAAAAUGUCCGCCCUCGCACCGAGCGAGUGUCCACGGCUCCAAUGCAAGUAGCGCAGGCGGCGCGGUCAUUACAUGA